UCCAGUUCUAAGGAUUACCACAAGAUCUACGAAAAGUAUCAUGACAAGUUCAAAAAAGUCUAUGCACAAAGUAUCCGGCUCUUUGAGUCGGAAAAAUCACAGCGACAGACUCUCGCCUACUACCAGCGGAAAAACCAGGCUCUUUUGCGAGUAUUAGAAGAAUUUGAAACUGCCAAUGGAUACAAGGAAGAACCCGAUUCUGUGGAGCAGAUCUUCGCUGGCGGUGAUCGCUCGAGAUUGGAAAAAAUCGUCCAACAGGCUCCACAUCUCGCUUCGUCAUUAGGACCAAUUUUUCAGCUCAUAGCUGAAAACCUGAUUCUGGUCCAAAAACGCCACUACAUCAACUUGUACAUUAACGAAACCGUUCCCGACUUGAUCAAUGAUGACUUGAUCAGUAUAGAAACAAAUCCCCAGGACCCAGAAAGCUGGACCCGUCGUCAUUAUCCAAACUUGACCACGUCCAAGUUCAAGCCAGUGCAUUUCCCUGCUAAU